AUGGCCAGGCCACGCGUACGCCACGCCGGCGGCGGCAUCGCCGACGACGUCCUCCGCGAAGUCUUCGCGCGCCUGCCGGGCUACCAGGACCUUCUCCGGUGCGCGGCGACCUGCAAGCGAUGGUACCGACUCAUCACGGACCGGGCCUUUCUUCGGCAGGUCGGCCUCUGGCCGGAGACGGCGCGCCGCCCGUCCGUCCUCGUCGGGAUCUUCUCCCAGAGAACAGAGCCCGGAACACCGAUCCAGCCCUUGAAGAGAAAACCGUCUACCCCUCCGGAGUUCUUAAGCCUUGUGGCCGGCGGCGCGCACCUGACGUUCAACUCGUUCGUCGACGACGACGACGGGCUCUUCAACCUCGCGAGGCCACUGGCGUCGCGCCGCGGUUUCCUCCUCGUGCGCGUCUUGCUGCCUGACCGUGAGAAGCUCCAUCUAGCGGUGUGCCGCCCUCUGAUCGACACGCGGGGCACACAUCUUCUCCCGGAGCCGCCCUUCCACCCAAGCCCUACGUCCCUGGAUAGAGAUGCAGUUGGCUGGGCGCUUCUCACAAGCGCAGACAAUGGCGACGAUGGCUAUGCAAAUUCAGACGACCGGCUCCAAUCUACUUUCCAAGUUCUUCUGAUUUACACGGAUGACGACGGACUUAUGUACACAUGCUCCUACUCCUCGUCCUUGCGUGUUUGGAGCGUGCCUACCGAGUGUUGCCGAGCUCCAGAUCUCACUAGGUGUGGGCCGCGCGCUGGCGUUGUCACCCACGGCGACAGCGGCACUGCGCAUUGGUUGUACAGAGACGGUACAAGCUUCUACGCAGUCGGUGUAAGCAGCGCCACGGCACGUGCCUCUUUGACCAAGAUACCAAUCGAAUUCCGCCAUGGCCGUCUAAAGCCGCCAUUACUAUGCACUGUCGAGGAAGGCGGAAGUAUCUCGUUUGUCAAUAGACCCAGUUGA